AUGAUGGGAGUUGCAGGUGUAUUGGGCGUUGCUUUGCUAUUCGAUAUUCAUGGUGCUAUCGUAGAAAAUACUUUAUUUGAAGAUGGUGAUGGGGCAAAUACAUUCUGUGCUUUUAACCCAACUCAAGCUGAAGAAACUUAUUCAAUGGUCACUGCUAAUCGCUUUUGGUCCCAAAUCUUUGGGGUUGCUUUUUCCAAUAAACGCUGGUUACAUUUCUUUAUUUUAUUUGUACCAGUAACUGUUUUAUGGAUGAGUGCUCUUGGAGUAGUCGGUCUGGCCUUGAACCUACGUGCCUAUGACUUCGUUUCUCAGGAAAUUCGAGCGACAGAAGAUCCUGAAUUUGAGACUUUCUACAUCGGAUUUUUUGAGGAACGUAUCGAGAGAUAA